UUUUAUCGCAGCCUAUUGCCUUGUCAAAUAAUCACUUCUUCGGUUCUUGACGGUUUUUUCCGCAACUUUUGGGCAUUUUAGAUAGUCAUUGAGGCAAUUAUUAUUGGACAAUACUUUAAAAACACGACCUUGAUCUUUGGAUUGGGAAUUAGACAUCAGCUGUUUGGUCGUUUUAAGUCACAGAGGAAUAUGCGCGGUGGUGUUGUCGGCUUACACUUAUCGGGAUUUAUUUCUUCCAGGAAUGAAAAAAAUAUUAGCACGCCUUGCCCAAGGGGAUUCUGAUGAAGGAUUUGCAUCAUAUAACAAUCUUGGUAAUCAUCAAGGACCACAUCUUGCUGCUGUCGGGCGUAAUUUUAGGGUGGGUAGUUUUACACUAGUUGUGGAGUCGGUUAUUGCUGAAGGAGGAUUCGGUGUUGUAUUUCGUGUAGUCUCUCAACAUGGACAUACUUACGCUUUGAAAAGAACAUGUGUUAACAAUAGUCAUGAUCUUUCUGUUUGUAAAAGAGAGAUAAAUAUUGUAAGUUCUUUAUCACAUAAAAAUAUUAUUCGCUAUGUGGACUCGAAAAUAAUAGAUAUUCAACAAGGAAUAUAUGAAGUUUUGUUAUUGACUACUUAUUAUCCAGGUAGUUUAAGUCAACUCAUAAAUGAACGGAAACAACACCACAGAUUUACGGAAGCUGAAGUUAUACGUAUAUUUAGUGAUGUUUGUGAAGCAGUUUGUCGAUUACACCAUUGUAAAACACCAAUUAUUCAUCGAGAUUUAAAAAUCGACAAUAUUCUUAUUGACGAUCGAAAUAAUUUUAUUCUAUGCGAUUUUGGCAGUGCAACUUCACGUGUUCUCCAUCCUGGUGUUCAUGGUCUUGGAAGAUGUGAAGAAGAAAUUUCUAGAUAUACUACUUUAGCUUAUCGUGCCCCUGAAAUGGUCAAUUUAUCCUCAUCAAUUCCAUUAGGUCCACAAAUCGAUAUCUGGGCUUUAGGUUGUAUGCUGUAUUGUAUAUGCUAUUUCAAUUUACCAUUUGGUGAUAGUAUUUUAGCUAUACAAUCAGGUAAUUUUAGUCUACCAGACAAUUCACCAUAUUCUGAAAGAUUACAUAAAUUAAUUGGUUAUAUUCUUUGUGUGGAUGCAUUCAAACGUCCAGAUAUUUAUCAAGUUUGUGCAUUAGUCUUCACGCUUGCGGGUCGAAAUAAUCCUGCCCAGAAUUUAGGUAAUCUUCCAGUUCCCCUUUGGAAAGAUCUAAUUGUACCUCCACGAGAAUCUCAACUCAAAUUACCUGUCAAUUAUCAUACAUCCGAGUUAAAAUCAGAAAAUAGGCCAGUUUCUCCUUCCGUUAAUAUUCGAAAUAAAUCUUGUUCACCUGAUCAGAAGCAAUCUAUUCAUCAGUCGACGGAUCAAUUUAUUACGAAUACGUCGGUAGCACCAAGAGAAAGACCACGACCUAAUUACUCUGCUAAUAAUCGUGUAAUUGUGGGUAACACUGUAAAUUCAAUUAUUAGACCACCGAUUGUACCAUCACCAAUGACUAACAAUAAUAAUAAUAAUAAUAAUAAUCCCGUUACGACAAACUUUGCCGACUUUUCCUAUUCAAAUAUACUAACUGUGUCAAAUCAAAAUAUCAGUUUGUCAUUUCAAGAUUCUUUUAAUCAACAACCAUCAACAAAUUUACUGGGACAUAAACGUUGUCCAAGUGAUACAUCGUCAUUUUUGAAAAUUUUCUCUCCAAAUUUACGUCAUAUACAAAGUUUAGCAUCUUUGUCACAAAUAUCUCAAUCAUUUGAUUCAGUAGCAAAUAGUUGCUCAACUAUUGAAUACACUAGUGUAGGCAAUGUUAUUUCAAGUUCAAGAAAAGCUGAAAUGUCGACAUCGCCACGUUUAAAUGUAAUAGACCAACCGACUACUACUACUACUACUAGUACAACCACUACUCUUGUUGUUCAACAUGUAUCAUCUAGUGGGAAUUCCGAUAAUUUUCUCUCACCAUCACAACAACAGCAACACUUUUCAUCAACAAUGUCUUCAUCUACACCUUUAAAACAUAUUCAAUGCAAUCAAACCAUGAUACAUAAUAAUAAAAAUAUGAAAACUGUCGAUAGUGUUGAUACUACUGCUACUAAUGAUUAUGAUGAUGAUCUUUUCGGUGCUGCUUUUGACGCGAUUCGCGAUCACAAAUAA